AUGGUUGUUCUGUAUUGGCUACGCGGCGAUAUUUCUCGAUGGAAAUCCUUUGUAUCAAACCGUGUAGCAGAAAUCGUCGAAAUUGUAUCGGCAAGCAAUUGGAAGCAUGUUAAAGGUGUCGAUAACCCUGCUGAUCUGUUGUCGAGAGGCGCUACACCGUCUCAACUCCGAGAUCACUAUCUAUGGUGGAACGGACCGAAGUGGCUGAUGGAGCCUUGUCAAGCGACUACCUUGGAAGAGUCUUCAUUUGAGCCUUCUGAACAAGACGUUUUCAAUGCCGAGGCCGAAGCCAAUGCCAGAGUAGAAUCUCGAAUCUGCAAUGUGAAUAUACGACAGCCUAAAUCUUCCAACGAAAUUAUUCACCAGCUAGUUGAGAACUGCUCGAGCUUGACCAAAAUCGAACGAUCACUAGCUUAUGUCUACCGAUUUGUCUUCAACUGUCGCAACAGGGGCGAAGACAAAAUCUUGACUAGAUUAUCACUACAAGAGUUAGCUACAGCACGUCAAGAUAUAAUCAAAUAUUCGCAGUACAAAUACUUCUCCGAAGAAUUAAGGAGCUUGCUCGCAAAACUUAAGCUGAAUCAAUCCAGUCGGUUACAUAGCUUACACGCCUUCCUGGACAAAAACGACAUUCUCAGGGUGGGCGGACGUCUUCAGCAGGCGCCAUGGCACUUUGAAAGAAAACAUCCCAUUCUAUUGUCCGCACAGUGUAAGACAACUCGUUUAUUAAUUGAGAGGGAGCAUCGAGCUUCAUUACAUGCCAGUCCACAGUUGUUAUUGGCUGUCAUACGACAACGAUAUUGGAUAUUAAAUGCAAGAAACAUAGUACGUCAAGUAUGCCGUUCCUGUGUUUGGUGCUUUCGCAAUAACCCAAGAGGUCUAACUCAGGCAAUGGGAUCUCUACCUAGUGAUAGGAUCACACCAUCCCGGCCUUUUGCUGUCACCGGAGUGGAUUUUGCCGGCCCGAUCAUCACUCUCGUCAAUAAGGGACGUGGUAGGAAGACAUGCAAAUCCUACAUCGCACUGUUUAUUUGCUUUUCCACGAAGGCAAUCCACUUGGAGGCGACUAGCGAAUUAUCUACGGCAGCAUUUUUAGCAACGUUACGCAGAUUUAUAGGACGUCGAGGAGUGCCUAUCCGAAUUUGCAGUGACAACGCUACAAAUUUUGUGGGUGCCAAACGAGAAUUGGAAGAGUUGUAUGCUUUCGUCCGAACUUCAAUUAACGGAACUGUUGGCGAUACAUUGCAAGAAAGAGGCAUCGAAUGGAGGUUUAUUCCUCCCUAUUCCCCUCAUUUGGGAGGCUUGUGGGAGGCAGGCGUGAAGUCCUGCAAAUAUCAUCUGCGAAGAAUAAUGGGCGAUACCUUAUUCACCUUCGAGAAAUUAUCCACUGCGCUAAUUCAAAUCGAAGCCUGUUUAAAUUCCCGACCAAUAUCUCCGAUGUCAUCGGAUCCGUCGGAUUUGGAGCCACUAACGCCUGGACAUUUCCUUGUUGGAGGACCAUUGAUCAGACUCCCUGAUCCGGACAUUUCAGACGUAAAGAUCAAUCGCCUCGAUCGAUGGGAAAUGAUUCAACGUUCCGUUCAAGAAUUUUGGAGACGGUGGGCGGCGGAAUAUGUGGCUAACCUGCAAAGUCGUGUCAAAUGGAAGACCAGACAAGAGAACUUAAGAGUAAAUGACCUUGUAUUGCUGAAAGAAGACAACUUGCCUCCCUUGAAAUGGAAACUCGGGCGAAUUAUCGAAGUUCAUACCGGCCCAGACGCAUUGGUACGCGUUGCAACUAUACGAACCACUGAUGGCCUCGUUAAGCGUACAACUGCUAAGCUUUGUAAAUUACCAUUAGAUGAUCCUGUCGAAAAAGAUUAG